AGAUCCCCCAGUGCGCCGGCUGCAACCAGCAUAUCCUGGACAAGUUCAUCCUCAAGGUCCUGGACCGGCACUGGCACAGCUCCUGCCUCAAGUGCGCCGACUGCCAGAUGCAGCUGGCCGACCGCUGCUUCUCCCGGGCUGGCAGCGUCUACUGCAAGGAGGACUUCUUCAAGCGUUUCGGGACCAAAUGCACGGCUUGUCAGCAGGGCAUCCCCCCCACCCAGGUGGUCCGCAAAGCUCAGGACUUCGUCUACCACCUCCAUUGCUUCGCCUGCAUCAUCUGCAGCCGGCAGCUGGCCACCGGCGACGAGUUCUACCUGAUGGAGGACGGGCGGCUGGUCUGCAAGGAGGACUACGAGACCGCCAAGCAGAACGAUGACUCUGAGGCGGGCGCUAAGCGGCCCCGGACCACCAUCACAGCCAAGCAGCUGGAGACGCUGAAGAACGCCUACCCCAAACGUGCCCGGCAGGUGCGGGAGCAGCUCUCCUCCGAGACGGGGCUCGACAUGAGGGUGGUGCAG